UCUAGCCGCAGCAGCCUUUUUCCUCAGUCAGCUCUCUUUGUGCCUAAGUUGUUUUUACAGAGAAGAAAUCACCUGAUCCAAAUAGGACUGAUUAAACUUCCCACCAGCUGUCCUUUGCUGAAACUGGGAAAAGAAACAGACGACAGGAUGGAUUCUUUCCAGCUGCUGUUUCUGCUGCUGCUGUACGGAUGUCUUCCAAAAGUACUAUCAGUACAGAUGUGCGACGUGAUGAACGAGAUCGAGCUGGAGAAAGAGCGCUGUGAAAAUCACACAUCUGGGAAUGUCACUUCAGGUUGCCAGGGGAUGUGGGACAUCAUCGCCUGUUGGCCGUCAGCCAGGGUUGGAGAAGUGGUGACAAUAACCUGUCCGACAUAUUUCAGCUACUUCAGUGACAAACAGAGAGGGAACCUCUCCAAAACCUGCACAGCUGAUGGCUGGACGGAGAUGCAUCCUAUUGACAUCGCUGUGAACUGUGGCUACAAUCUCAAUGGCACCAGCGAUGAUGGAAAGUUUUUCUGGCAGGUCAAGGUUGGAUACACCAUUGGUCACAGUGUUUCGCUUAUCUCUCUGAUUACAGCUAUUGUGGUCCUCUGCAUCUUCAGAAAACUCCACUGCACAAGGAACUACAUCCACAUGCAUUUAUUUGUCUCAUUUAUCCUGAAGGCCAUUGCUGUGUUCGUCAAGGAUGUGGUUCUCUACGAGUUUGGAGAGGUCGACAACUGCUCCCUGGGCUCUGUUGGCUGCAAAGCCGUCAUUGUAUUUUUUCAGUACUGUGUGAUGGCCAGUUUCUUCUGGCUGCUUGUGGAGGGCCUCUAUCUUCACGCAUUGCUCGCUGUCUCUUUCUUCUCAGAGAGGAAAUACUUCUGGGCUUACAUUAUGAUCGGCUGGGGAGGUCCAGCAAUCAUCAUCACAGCCUGGAGCAUCGGUAAAGCGUACUACAAUGACGUAGGGUGUUGGGACAUUAUCGAGACCACUGAUGUGUUCUGGUGGAUCAUUAAAACACCCAUUUUAGCAUCAAUCCUGGUGAAUUUUGUUCUUUUCAUCUGCAUCAUUCGAAUACUUCGCCAGAAGAUAAACUGCCCAGAUAUUGGGAGAAAUGAGUCCAACCAGUAUUUGCGACUUGCAAAAUCGACCCUGCUUCUGAUUCCUCUGUUUGGAAUUAAUUUUAUAGUGUUCGCAUUCAUCCCAGAGCAAGUGAAGACUGAAUUACGUCUCAUUUUUGACUUGAUUCUGGGAUCGUUUCAGGGCUUUGUAGUGGCAGUCCUUUACUGCUUCCUCAACGCUGAGGUCCAAGGGGAGAUCAAAAGGAAGUGGAGGAGGUGGCACUUGCAGAGAUACAUGGGCUCAGACACCAAAUAUCAGCACCCGUCCAACAGCAGUAACAACUUCAGCACCCAAAUCACCAUGUUGACGCGCUGCAGUCCCAAAAUGCGGCGUGGUUCGUCCUCCUGUCAUGACGACUUGUCUUCCAUAUGAGUCACAAAACCAGAGCUGCAGACAAGUCAGCUGUAUUCUUUCAUGACAAAAGCCUGUCAUGGAAACUUGCGCACAAAAACUACACACUCACUCAUCAGCACUUGUAAGAAAUUGUGCAAAUUUUUUGCUGAUCAUGUUUUGUUUAUAAACCAGUUUCCCAUCUUAGUAAUUUUGAAUCUGUUUUUUUACUUAUUAUUUUGCUUUUGGUAAAGUGUUGCACCGUAAGAUACAUUUUUAAGUCUUAUUUUAAACUGAUUAAAAAGAACUUAUUGGCAUUGGAACGUUGAUAAGCCAUCAAUAGAAAAGAUGACCUGACUUUCCUGUAUUUCUGAUGGAAAUAUUUUAAUGUGCAGAUGUGCGGUAUUUACCUGCAAAAUAUAAAAAGUAGAAGAGGAAACUGGUCCAGGGUUCUUGUAUAUGCCUAAAGUUGAAGCAGGAAGACCAUUAUGUGACCACGUGAGGGGCUUGGAUCAUAAAUGCAUUUUUUGUAUACACUAUCUCUCUUACAUACAGACUGAUUGCCUUCUUUUUUCCAUCUAUGUUGCAUUCUCUCUUUGUUUUCCUGAUCCCUUGAUUGAGGGAAUGGUUUUUAUCUUUUCAGGCACAGACAAGUGCCUGGUUUCAGUGUUAUCAAGCAACACUUUUCACCCCAAUCUCUGUUUUCUGCAGACUGCACAAUAACCUUGGAGAGGAAAUACCUUGACACGACUCAGUGAUUGAAUGUUUACAUUUACUCGGGAAGAUAAUUUCAUGCUGUAUAGACAAGUGAAUAGUGUACAUAAAGCGUGUGGCUAUACUUCUUGUGUAGUGUGGAUUAAUUUAUGGCUGCAAAUGCUUCAAUUAGCUAUUAGUAAUUGUUUAACAUUGCAUUAUAGAUCAUCAAAAGCCUACAGAUUUACACUGUUGUACAGGCUUGUUAAUGUAACAGCUUCCAGUUCAUUGUCUGGUAGAGUAAAUGCUCAGAUUUAUAAUGCGGAAGAGUAAUGCUUACAAAAUGAUGCCUCCUUGAUCGUGCUCCAGUGGACUGACAAAAGCCUCCAUUAUGUAUAAUAUUUAUGGAAAGGCCCACUGACUUGUUAUAUUCAAAAAUUACUGUCAGCGGAGUCUGAAACUGAAGAGGCAGUAGAGAACGCUGCAAAGCAAAGCAAAGUGACAGGGCUGACUAGUCCUGUCACAUUAAGGCUUUUGUCAUGCUUCUCGGCUCACAUGGGGUGGACUUCAAGUCAUUCCCAUGUUCAUGAUGCAACAUGGCGCAUCCAGGAGAGUUUACCCACAAAGAAACAAAAAAGUCUGUCUUAAAGGUUUGACUGUCUUUUUUAAUCCUCCAUUGUAAACAUUUUUAUGAAUAUCCUAGUUCCACUUGCAUUGUUGACAAAGGCAACACGACAUUUUCAUGGCUGAGAAACUGUUUGACAAAGGCAGGUCCAGAUAAUUCCAAAUAUCUUGAAAUACACAAACUAAUACAGGAAUCCUGUCAUGUAUGCAGAUUAAAUUCAGCUGUGAAAAUUCUGAUACUAAAAAGAAAACAGGAGAGUCUAAUCCAGUUUAUAAUGCCCACUGUUCAAAGGUUUUUUUCUCCUGGCGGUUAUGUGGUGAGGUGGUGGAGCAGGUGCACCAUGGGCAGGGACUGUAGCUCCACAGCGCCGAUGUCCAAGGUUCAGUUCCCAGCCUUGAGACCUUUGUCACGUGCUUCCCCCUUUCAUCUAUCUCUGUCCAUUUCCUUUUGAGUUGUUUAUUUUGCAGCAAUCCCUCUUACUGAACAAGCAGGCUGCAAAAAUGGGCAGAUUAUCUCUGGGAGAUAAAGCAUUUCAGGCCGGAGUAAAUGCACCAGAUAGAAGCAAGGCAGUAUUACAAUUCAUUUAAAAAAAAGCUUCACUUAAAUUGGAUAAAGUUAUCUUGUGUUUUGCAAUGUUUUACUUCUGUAUCAGGCAUGUAGUUUGACUGCGAAUGUACGUUUAACACAAGAAGGUACCGGUAAUUUCAGCACUUGCAAAACUUUGUGAAUAUACCAAUGUAAAUUGUAUGCUUGUCAUUGAUUUGAACAUUUACAAUUAACAUUUGCCUGAUGAUUUUCAAACUGAAGUUAUUUUAUGACUUUAGAACUUUGACUCUUUCUACUGGAUGUUGCCUUCUACUUCCAAAAUUUAUCUGCAAAAUUUCUGGUAAGAUAAUAAUGGCUUACAACUUACGACUUUAAAAAUCCUUAAUUAUUUUUUUUAACAAAGUAGAACCCAGAAAUAGGAGCAUUUAUUAAUGUGACAUACCACUGUAAUACUAACCUGGACUGUACUUUUCUGUCAAGCAGUUUUCACACAGCAGCAGUAGAGAUCAAAGUCAUGAAUUGACAAAACUGAGUAACUUGCACCAUUUGCAACCCAAUGCUGUUUUUUAAAACACCCACCCUUCUCCAUCCCUACUGUGCACUUUUGAAGUCCAAAGAAAACAUCCGCAAAAUAGCGUAAAAUAGAAAACUGAAAGGGCAAAGGAAAAAAGCUGCGGUCAAAAGGUCAUGGGCCCAUAACGUUUAGUAUGGGAAUCUGUGGGAAAUUCUAGUUUUGCUCUUGCAGUCACAUCUAGAGUGUGGAUUAUCUUCAGCCUGAUAUAACGCAUGCCAUAUGCCAUUCAAAUUGUUGUGUUCUCAUGUGUAUCCAAAAGUAGAGUACAGUUGCCCUGCUCAUCUAGUUUAGGGAGCAUAUCAUAGUUUUCAUUGAGUUUCUGAACACAAUCUGCUCUUCCUUGAUACAAUCAAGAAUCAGCAGGAUUUGACGUAAACAGUAAAGUACUGGAAAUGUCUCAGCUAGCAAGUUGUCCUUGUGUCACAUUUCACACACUGUUAUAAAAUCUGUCUCAUUAAAACUAGUAGAAGAAACAAAAAAGAAAAACAACAACACUGAACUCCUCGUAAACAUAUUGUGUCUCAUGAUGCCUUUGAUGUAAUUGUGUGAAUUACUUAUAUUUGCCCCUUAUUAAUGAUGAUUACUGUAAAUAAACUUGUACAAACAGCUGUACAUGUUGAUUCACUCUGUUUUUGCUACAGUGAAAAAUAAUGAGUAAACAUUAAAAGGUGUUAUUGAACCAGCACAUAUUCCAAUGUGGGCUUAAUGUAAAUAUUCUGUAUUAAAUUUGUUCUGUAUGAUUUUUGGGGGGCAAAGUUGUAAAUGUGAGAUAAGUGCAAUGCAUGUAAUGCUCAUCCAGCGCAUAUUGUUGUGAACCUUCAAAUGUACUGUGUGUUUAUAUGACUGACAGUUCUGUAAAUACAAAAUUGUAGAUGUUUUGAA